AUGCACUUACCCGCCCUCUCACUUCUCUCCAACACCUGGAACUCGGGAGCACCGACGUCGCCCGAUUCGUCAUCUCCUGCUUCAACAACUACGUCCUCAACUUCCUCGUCUCUCACCCCCAUGCUCUGGACACUGAUCUGGCCCAGAUACGAGCCCAAAGUUUAUCUGACCAUGGCACACCGGCCCGUGGGCUGGCUCUGGAUCCAGCGCACGCCCGAGGCCAUGCAAGCGUGGGGCCAGGAGGAGCAUGCCACCUCUUUUGUGCUGCGUGUUCUUAACUACCUCGUCGCUCAGGCGAACGACUGUCGCGAGAAUUUCAGGACCUACCAGCUUGUCGAAGAGGUUUACAGGCAGCUGUGCGUCUUGCAGUCGUUGGUGCAAGGGAAUGGUGUUUGGGUUGUGGACGCACCUCUGCAGGAGGAGGUCAGGACGGUCCUGUUGACUGCAAUGGAGGAAGUCCAGCGUUGUGAUGCGGCUGGGUCUAUGGUGUAUCCGUAG